AUGGAGAACAAUGCGAUGAGGAUACUGGAAGAGAUCAAAUCUUCUGAUCUUAUCGAGAACAGGGUUCAACUACUCACGCGGCUCGCUCAGUUAGAUAUUGAAGAGACUUCUGAUGUGCCCUCUUUUGUGGACAGCCUAACAACACUCUGGGAAGACUUCACAUGCCUUGACGUUUCCCAGUGUUUGCUGAACAAGGCAAUUCUGCCUGUGGCUUCAAAAUACCUUGCUUUGGAUCGGCCUGACUGCUCUCACUACUUUCUUGCUUUUGGCAUUAAGGUAAGCCAAUGGUGUGCAAAACAUCUAAACAUGUCUGUAAUGUCCAUGGAGGAGUCUCAAGAGGAAGAACAUUCAAACGUUUUCUUUCAGCUUCUCUUGGAUUAUCUUCGCUUUUCUGCCUCAAGCUAUACUGCUAUUGGAAAAAUAUGUUUCAUGAGUGAUGAGGCCUCAGCUGUUACAGUUCAUAAGUUUGUUUCAGAGCAGCUGAAUUUGAUGAAGGAGAAAGUUGAAUCCUUUUCCACGGAGAUUUUAAAGGCUGUGCAAGCGGUGAUUGACUCUAUUGUUCGUCUGUGCAAAGACUACUCCCCAGCAGUGAAUCAGUGGAUAAAUGAUAAGAAGACUAAUGGAAAUGAAGGAAUAGCUAGAAUGGAGCAAGGCAACAACACUGUGUGUAAUUUGGUGAGCUUAAUCACGCUGGGAGUUAAAUCUCUGAGUGAAUUGGGUAUGCUUGCUGCAAGAGAUGGUGGCAAUCUUGUGACCAUUCUGAAUACAUCAUGGAAGGGUGUGAUUACAUUGCUUCAGAUAGACAAGCAGAUGGUCUCUGAGGUAGAUAUUGGAGAAAUCAUUUUAAAGCUAAUAUCACUGAUCAAGGAGUCUCUGAGAUUUGCUGCUGAGGCUUGGUCUUGCUCAGGGAAGGAAAACGUAUCUGCAACAGAAGCUAGAAGGGUCUUUCUUCCUGUGAAAUUUUAUCUUAUCAAUGCUGUUAAAGUUGUGGCGCUGUUUCCAAGCCAGGCGUCUUUGGUGUUCAAAGAAAUAGCACUCUGCGUCUUGAUGAUCUCUGCUUUCAAAGUUUAUUGA